AGACCCUACUGAUUUUUGGUAGCGUAUAGCUUUACUGGUUAAAAGGAAACUAUAGUCACAACAUUAAUUCUGAACCUGGGUUGCCAGUACCAGUGCUUUCAGUCAUAUUCCUCAUAUAUAAGACUGCAUUCUUCAAGUAGCUCAAGUGUCUUCUGGAAGUAUCUGGUCUUGUGAGAGUUUUCUAGAAGGAAAAGCACAGGUGGUAUUUUUGCCCCCACUCAGCACUCGCAUGUCAGAGAGAGAGAGGGGGAGCUGGGACUCCACAGCACAUGAAGACACUUUUCAAAUGACGGAUACACAGAAGUAAGUCACUUUUACCCACUGUGUUUGAGCUCAAAGUAAUAAACAGUUUCAUUGUUGCUUAAAUUUCAAGCAUUUGCAUUUUGUAAAAAAGACGUGGGAAACUUGCUUGGUGGGACAAGCUCAAGAUGGCCACAGACGUGUAGAGCCAGUAGCCAGUUAUUUGAGUUGUUAAAGGAAGUGGACAACAUCUUUCAUUGAAGAUUUACUCUGAGAUAGUUGUCGUCACGCUGAAGUGGGAUACAUGACAAUGGCAGAGACCAAAGCUAAACCGAUGGCCUUCAAGACUCAGAAGGAGAUGUUUGAAAGGAUGGAGGAAUCCUACAAAGUGUGUGCACACUGUGAGAAGAGACCAAGCCAGCUGUCCAAACCUGAGUCCAUGAAGCGCUGUUCCAGAUGUCUCAAUGUGUACUAUUGCUGUAAAGACUGUCAGAAAGAGGACUGGCCCAAACACAAGAAGCUCUGUUCUCAGCUGCGACUGGCUGCUAUCGACAGAAUUGUGGAGUGGCUUUUGUUUAAGGGUGAGCUCCCGUUCCCCACAGAAAAAUGGUCUAAGCCUCAGUCAGAGAUAAAGGGCUGGGACGACUGGCUGGCGAUGCAAGGUGACCUGACCCCACGCCUGGAGCCCAUUCUGAAUGGAAACAACAUGAAGGAGCUGUGGAUAGAUGCUGGCAGACCCCGUCCUGAUGAUGAAGACCUUAAGCAGUCCUUAUGGAGAGUUACCAGUGAGUUCAUGUCCCGACCAAUGACCAUCGCCUGGGGAAUACGGCUGUUUGGGCUGAACCCUUAUAAAAAGCCUCUCACAAUUCACCUGGUGGGAGCAGGACAGUCUGAGACCCUGGGAGCCAAACUGACAGACUAUGAUGAGCUCAGCAAGAUGUUCUCAGAACACCAGGGAAUAGAGGUGGUCCUUGUGGGACCAGAAAUCAUGAAUGGGCCUGUGGUGAGGCCUCCUCUCCGUGCGUUUGGACCUAGGCACAGGGUCUUCAUCAGUGCAUACAAGGGCCUGUAUCAUGAGUUCUGGGAGAAUGUGGUGGAAAAGAAGGAGGCAGCAAAGCCAGACCUGGUGGUGGGCUUUAAUCCUGGUUUUGAUGCCAGUCAAGGUCUGGAUGAAGGAUGGCUUCCAACUCUUCUUCUGCUCAGGGAUUAUGAGAUUCCUGCCCUGUUCACUGCAGUCACUGAGACAGAGAUGACCUACUCACUGCAGAUCCUCCAGGAGCUGGAGAUGGACAUGAAGGGGAGUGGAGCAAACCCCUUCACAUCUCUCAAACCUGAAGUGGUGGGCUCUUCACCAAACAGGCCUCCAAUCUACUGUAACUCGCACUACUUCUGCUUCCAGGGCCUGUUGGAGACCGUGGAGUUUGAGGAGCCAGAAGAUUAAAGCUUGGGGGCUUUAGAUAUUUCCUUACUUGUGUUAUUAUAUUUUACAUUUGUCAUAAUUCUGUUAUUUAAAUUCUGCUGCAUUUAUUGUCUCUAAUGUUCUUAUCAUACUUUUUGUAUUUUAAAUGUACUUUGCAUUCUCUAUCAUAUGUAAAUGCACUGUUACUGUACCAUAGAUGACUGUUACGCAAAUGUACAUUUUCUUAACUAUGUUUAUUUUUAUGUAAUUUAAAAUAAAUAUUGACAUUGUUA